AAACGGGCUGCUGGUGGCGAAGAUGGCGGAUGGGGACAGUGGCAGUGAGCGCGGAGGCAGCAGCGGUGGCGGUGGUGGCGGAGGGGGAGGAGGAGGCGGCGGUUUCCAGCAUUACCAGCGGGAACCGGAGACACAGGAGCUGGCGUCGAAGCGGCUGGACAUUCAGAACAAACGCUUCUACCUUGACGUCAAGCAGAACGCCAAAGGCCGGUUCAUCAAAAUAGCCGAGGUCGGCGCGGGGGGCUCGAAAAGUCGACUGACUCUGUCCAUGUCAGUUGCGGCAGAGUUCCGCGACUACCUGGGGGAUUUCAUAGAGCACUACGCCCAGCUCGGGCCUAGCACCCCGGAGCAGAUCGCGCAGUCAUCCGGUGGAGAUGACACCGGGCCUCGACGGGCCUUAAAGAGCGAGUUCUUGGUGCGUGAGAACCGAAAAUACUACCUCGACCUGAAGGAGAACCAGAGGGGUCGCUUUCUCCGGAUCCGGCAGACCGUCAACCGAGGCCCCGGCUUCGGGGUGGGAGUAGGGGGCAUCCCGGGUGCUGGCCUGCAGGCCGGACAGACCAUCGCGCUCCCGGCGCAGGGCUUAAUAGAGUUCCGAGACGCCUUGGCCAAGUUGAUAGACGACUACGGAGCCGACGAGGAGGAGCUGGCCGGCGGCGGAGGGGCCGGGGGCUACAGCGAGCUUCCGGAGGGCACCUCCAUCAUGGUGGACUCCAAGCGCUUCUUCUUUGACGUGGGAUCCAACAAGUACGGAGUUUUCCUACGGGUGAGCGAAGUGAAGCCCAGUUAUAGAAACUCUAUAACAAUCCCCUUCAAGGCGUGGAGCAAGUUCGGGGGAGCGUUCAGCCGCUACGCCGAGGAAAUGAAGGAGAUCCAGGAGCGGCACCGGGAUAAGAUGUACGAGAGGAGAGCCGGAGAGGAGUCUGAGGGGGACGACGUGGACGACGAUUGAUGGGAGAGGUGGCCGCUUGUGAUGAAGCUGACAACACGACGCAAAGCCUGGAGAGAAACGGAGAGAAAAGAACGACCUAGCUAUUCUGUGCAUGACGAAUCGAACUUAAAAAUGCUAAAACAAAGGAGAAAAAUAAAACGUAUAUUUGACUGAGAAAUUACUGUCUAUAUAAGAGAAUAAUGUUCUAAAGUUUAGGUGGAUGUUAUAGCUAAACGAGUGCGGGCUGCUGAAGUCAGCCUUAGUAGAUUCCCCAUUGACAAAAAUAUAUAAAUAUAUAGCUCUAUAUAUCUAUAUAUAUUGAUUGUUCAUUUGAUAGCCUCACUUAUGUAGCCCAGCAAAUUCAGUUUGACAGUGCUCAAGAUGCAGCAGCAGGUUACCAGUCCCACUUCCUGGUUGCUAUCCAAUGAUAAGAGCCUGACCUCGAGCUGACCUUCUAGUCUGUGUGAUGAUAAUGAGGAAGUGCGACAUACUCAAACCAGCAGGUGCGGAGUGGGAGUAAGCCGGGGACCCUGCAUCGCUGCCCGUGGCACUUAGUAUGUGUUCUAUGUCUAAAGAACAGCUUGCCCUGAUAGACCCUCAACACCCAAGCCACGGUCUCCACUCUUACUGGGCAUCGCAGGACAUCCUCUUAGCCUGUUGGGGGAGGGGGGGUCCCGUAAGGUGAUCUGUUACAAGCACAUGGCUCAUUUGGAUUCUCUGGACGAUCCAAAUGAGUCCAAACGACCUCCUCCUCCUCCCCCUCCUCCCCCAUCCUGUCUCUCUCCCUCCUGGGCAUUCCUCAGGUGCUGAAGUGUGGGGAGGCCUGCUCACGCGUGGCUUGUUUUGUCUCAGGGCUGGCAAGUCUCCUGUGCAUUCUGUGGGUUGUAUCAGCGUAACCUGUGCCUGUGCAUCAUCUGCCCCGGCAGUUGAGACGCCUGUGGCAACUGGCGGCGUCUUGUGCGAUGCAGGGCCACUUUUGACUGCAGUGACCUUUUUUUCCGUCAAAGCGGAUGCAGUGAGCUCAGGCCUCUAGCACUGGUCAAAAUGUUUUGAGUUAAAGCUUAAUGUUGCCGGGCUUGAGCUAUGGUCUCAAGGGAUUUGACCUUGCUGACUUAUUUAGGGUGCAUCAUUUGGAUCCUUUAAUCUUGAACUGAGACCAUUAAUGACUGAAGCAUUUUCAGUCUGAUUGUAAGAAAAAUUAGGUGCUCUUGGAAAACAAAAACCCAUAAUGGGGUGCUGUACCUAAAGAAAAAAGAAACUAUAUAUAUAGAUAUAGAUAUAUCUAUAUAUAGAUAUAGAUAUACUGGAAGAGAUUUACUUACUAAAAAGCAAGUAUAGAUAGAAUUAUUUUUCAAAAGAGAUGUAUUGAAAUAUGUCUUAGAAAUAUAAGACGUUUAUUAGAUAAUGCUGCCUAAAGUGGCUUAUUUAAAACACUAAACUUGGAUGCAACUGUCCAGGGUGAUAUUUCAUACCUGAUUGUUUCCUAACAUUCUUUUAUUCCUUAGAGGAAAUUUAAAGAGUACAAUAAAUUGAUAAAUAACAUUGUUAUAGCAAUUUCUAGAAACAACUUCUUUGAAGUAGUUUGUCAGCAAACACUCAGCACUCCAGUUCACUUUACAGAGCAUCAUGUUGUCCCCUUUUUUUUUAAGUCCACCUAUUGUUUUUAGCCUGGUUUGUCACAGGUUGGCUCUCCAUCGGUCGCCAUACGACACCAACAAACACCCCUAAUCAUCAUGUUGUUGUUAGUGCUCCUUUUUUGAGAUAUGAUCUUUUAUUUGCAUGCCUGCUCUCAUAAGGAGCUGCCUUGUGUUUUUUUUCUUUUGCAUACUCUGAUUGCUGUAUGAUGGUAUUUAUCCAUUUUGAGAGAAGUUUUAAGUUUCAUUUUGGUAUUGCAAUUGAAAAAAGUUCACUUUUCAGACUAAUAACAAAAAAAGCCACAAAGUACCCGUGCUUUGGGGAAUGUCACUUUCAUUGUCCCACUCCCUUGAGUGUGUAAACCUCUCGUUGAAUUUUACUUUACCCACUUCAACACAGCAGAUAAAUGCCAUAUGAAAAAACAGAAACACCUGGGAGCAAUACUUUUUUUCUUUUCUAUUGAUAUAAAUAUACUAUAUAUAAUAUUACACAUGAGAUUGAACUACAUCCUUCUUCCUGUACUGUGUUACGUGAAAUGGCAGCUGUUUCAGUCAUGUGUGUUCUGCUGUAAUAUUCUACCAAGUUCCUUUCAACGAGAAAUAAAAAAAGGUUUUUGCUCA